UUAUUUUGCCGGUUCAUUCACAGAGUUGUGCGUUCUGCGCUGCUUUUGUUCCGAGGAUGGGUGAUAGUGAUGAAGAAUACGGAGACUCUCGUCGCCGUGAAAAGUUUCGUCGCGAGAGGAGUGAUUACGUUUCAGAUGCACCCGCAGUCCGUGUUACCCGGCCACCCCGCCGUGAGGACUGGCCCGAAAGAGAUUGGAAUCGUGGGGGACCGGGACCACGACGUGAUUAUCGAGAUUAUCCCCCGCGGAAUAUGGAUCGUCCGCGAGGUUAUUCGCCGGGUCGUGCAUUAGAUGGGCCUCCUGGAUCACCUCCGCCACCUGCCAAGCGUCCGCGAAGCCUGACCGUGGUUUCGGAGGAUUCGAUCCUGGUUUUCCAGGUUACGGUGGGCACGGCGGUUAUACCGGAAUUGGAGGAGAACCCGGAGGGUUUGGUGGCCCUCAUUUCCCUCCAUACGGCGGCGACCCCGCGUUUCCUCCACGACGACGUGAACCUUCACCACGACGAGAUUGGUGGGAGUCAUCCACCUCUUCCUGCUCUUCCACCAUCUGCCAUCUCCAUCAUUCCUCCAAUGGAAGUUGAUUAUCCUACCCAAAGCGCCAUGAUGUCUUUCAAGGCGUUUCUGGCGACUCAAAGCGAUGAUAUUUCGGAUGACGACGCUAUCAAGAAAUACAAUGACUAUAAACUGGAAUUCCGUCGUCAACAAAUCAACGACUUCUUCUUGGCACACAUGGAGGAAGAAUGGUGCGUGUUACGCUUUGCAUUGUCGUGA